UUUGAUUUCGAAUUGUAUGUAGGCUUGAAGAAUACAGCCGAGCUGAGCCGAGGAGAUCGAGAUUUAAAAAUUCUAAAGGAGGAUCAGGAAACUGUUACUGGAUAUGCUGAAAUAAGUAGGAGGUUAUACCAAUUACAUGCACAGAACUAAGGAUUGAACUGAUUUGAAAGGAUGGAGUCUGAUAGCCUUCCGUUCUCUGUGUCUUUGUCUGAUGACAUCACACCACCGUUAUCUCCUGUCUUACCACAAGGCGAUGAUCAACAACAAAAGAGAAUCAAACUUAGUCAGGAUCUAGAUAUCCCUUGGGAACCGCCUAGGUUUGAAUGUUCUCGUCACAGACAAAGCUCAUCGUCAUGGUUACCCGAUAGCAAUGGAUUCCUAGCAUCCCAAACUAUUAGCAGGCUUCUUGAUGGUAACGUAGUGGAACAGCAUGAAGGAUUGACUACCCAGCUCUUUGGAUUUAGCUAUGUCACCACCACAGCUCUUCUCGACCAAAUAUCACAUCUUUUUUCAACCCUGAGACAAGUGCUUGGUAGGAUAGAGUCUUUACUGGGGAAGCAGAGUCAUUGGUCUCUAACAGAUCCACUCAUAGAAGGUAGCAAGAAGUUGAGAGAGCAAGUCUUACAUUUCUUCUUCUACAUUCAUUCCUUCAUACACAGGUAUUUGACGACCUCCAAGUUAGUCUGUGCUCCAGCCUGUAAUGAAGUGCCAUCUCUCUACAGUCAGCAAGUAGAAGGUUUCCCUCUAAGACUAGCAGCUGAACUAGAUAACGUAUCUAGGUUUAUUGGGAGGCUGAAUGAACUUUCAUCAUCAAGGCAGUAUGCCAUAGAUAGACAGGCGUCACAUGAUCAUCUUCUUGUUCAUUGUCAUCUUGAUGUCAGGUGGUACAUCAUUCAAAUCCUCCAUCAUCUGCAUGUAUCUACUGCAGGGUCAUCUCAUGAGAUAGAAGUAGUGAAUUGUUUUAACAAACAAGUUGAGAGAUUGAUGCAAGACCUUCUCACCAUCGCUACACUUCGUCACAAUCAGCUAUCUCUGACUGAAGUCCAUCAGACAUCUCUCUUCCCAUGUACCUGUCUGAGAGAGAUGUGGCUUCUUCUCAUCCAUCUGCUGGAUCAUAGACACAUGAACAACUCAGCCACGUCAUUUUGGGGCACCCUUCAUCAGCUAUUGUGUCCUCUAGUAGAGAAGACUGAUCAACAACCGCAAGGAGGAGUGACGACGGCCAAGGAUGCUGAAGGUCUAUGCUGGUGGUUACUGCAGCAACUAGCAUCUCUCUAUCGCUAUGACAAGACAGGACAAGAAACUACACAGCCGAUUAGUAGGAGUCCCUGGUACUUGGUAGAGGAUAUUCUCAAGAAAGUCUUGUCUAAGGAUGCUGAAACAUCGGAGGCUAAGCUCCUGUCCUAUCUUAGACACCUCCUGGUCCUGUGUCAGCUAUGGGAGCCACAUACAAAGAUUCUUAUCAGUCUCUGGGAUCACUUCUAUAGGAAACUGAAUCAUCGUCUUACCGUUCCAGGGCAAGGCAUACAGGGUCUGGCAACUAUCAGUAAAUCAGCACUGGGAUGGUUUCAGACUUGCAAGAAACGUUGUGAUGAUCAGAACUCGAGUGGUGGGCAGGAGACGAGUUUUCAUCUCUUCCUCCGUAUCUUGGCUUGUAAGAUGACGAAAUGGAACGCAGCUAAUAACACACAGGCAUGGAAACAGCUACAAGGAAGAUUGUAUUCCAAGUUUCACAGUCGUACCAUGCAGGAGCUGGGUGACAUUGGUCUGCAACAUUUCUUUGACCUCUUCUUGACCCUUGCCCUCUUGGUUGACCUUUCAUCAUUGACAAUCCGAGUACUUGACUUUGUUGAUCUGGUUCCAGUCACCAACACAAACAUCAGCAGACAGCUCUUGAUCUGGAGAGGAUUACUUGCUCUGUGUCUGGUUCAUGAAGAAAGACAGUGUGAUCUUGAGCUUGUUUCUGAUAAGCUAAUGACCUCCUUCAAUACAGUAGUAAGAACUUACAAUCAGAUCAAGUGUGAUACUCUCAGGAAGUCUGAUUGCUGGAAUCUGAUCGUGUGCUACCUGGAAGGAGUUCAAGAGGUCAUUGAUUCUAGCAACCUUCUCAAUCUAUCUGAGGACAAGUUCAUUGCUAGUGGUCUUGGAGAGUUGUUAUCAUCAGCAGGAGAGCAGGAGAUCCGAUCUGUUCUCAUGUUUGUACAAACUACCAUGGCAAGACAUAGGAGCCUUUACAAACAGCUCACCAAUCAACCAGCGAAUGAAAAAACGCUGAGUCCAUUAAUGACAAAAUACAAAGUAACGUCUGAUGCUCUAUGGAGUCACAUCUAUCCGUUUGUGAAGCAGCAUGCUACUACCCAGACCCCACCCUCACAGCUUGCUGACGUCGCUGCAGGAUUCACUCUUCUUGCUGCUGAUAUAUCAUCAUGUUGCGAUACACCAGUGUGGAAUCUCUUCCAGUAUUUUGGUCUACAAACCAGCAAGGUUCAUCCAAGCAUCCGAACCCGUUAUCUGUGUCACCUGCUGCCUAACCAAUCCUUCAUGGAGAGCCUGGAGACUCCAUCAGGAGCCGACUCCAUGGAUUGUCUCCUGGUACGAGCAUGGAUCCAUGCAUCUAUCCAGACACCAGGAGCCUCGGAACAGAUGCAGGAGCUUGGACGGCUGGUCAUGAAGCUCCCUCAAGUGGUUAGCAUGAUGCAGAGCGUGGGUGCAGAUGAUAAUCUGACAGCUUCGAACCAAACGCCUGUUUUCAGAUUCUUCCACAUACUGGGAAAAUACUCUUCUUCAGCACAGACUUACCAAGACAAACUAAAACGUCGAAGCAUAGCACUGCAGUACCUUGGUGACCUGGUAUCACUGGUAAGAACUCAGGUUAGAGGUCAAAGGUCAUUGGAGGAGAUGAACCAGAUGUAUGUAGUAGUGGGUCACGCCGUCAAGCAUUGUGGGAAUGUUCUCUACUCGCAGGGAUCCUCCCAGUCCCAGCUGCCCGGUCUACUUACAGAACUGAUCCUCUUCCCUGGAGUCUUUAACCUCAAGAAACCUCUCCCAGCAAACCAGCACAACUCCAUCAGAGAAUCAUUACAUCUGUUUGUAGAAGGUAUUGGUCUCCAUGAUGUUUCUAGAGAUUCUUACAUCCAGAGGAAGUUGAAAGAAAUCACAUGUCAUUACUUCAUCAGAUACAAAGUGAAACUCUCUACAUCGGGGUUUGGAGAAGGCCUUCAUCCACUGUUGAAAGCAUUGAGUUCUACCUUUAAGACUUCUGUGGAUCCGAAAGACAGCACCCUGAGGAGGUUUAUACUGAGUGAAUUCAAGGAUCGCUUUCUAUCUGGCAAUCCACAGCAAGUAGGUCCAUACACCUCCCAAGCUAUUGCCUUUAUUCAGGAGUUGAUGCACAGGACUACCAACAUGGCACAGAUAACCAGGGACACCGUAGUUCUGCUUGGUGCCGUUCUGAAUUUCAUGCUGCUGUGUGAUUCCACGUCGGUCAAAGGUCAAAUGUCACAGAUUCUGACACAGAUGAUGAAUGCAUGCAAGAUUGAUACCCCACAAGAGCUCGAACUUGAGCUCGUAAGUGUUGUAAGAAGCUUCUUGUCUCGUCACAUCCAUCAUCAUCGUAAGUCAUCAUUAGCAAGAUUAGAGUCUCUCGCUGUCUUACAUCCAAAGCUUGUGAUUCGACUUAUACCCGAUGCUACCAGAUUAAUUGAAGAAUGUGAGCAUCGUAGAGCAGUUGGAGUGGAUACAGUGCUUAGGCAAGCUUAUCAUAAAGUUCUUAGCCAUCUUGGACCUGUAGGACAAGAAGAGGUCCAGAGACUACAGUCCCAAUCAACAUUAGAUGAAAGUCUUGAUGUCAUCUGAACAACAUACACAGAUAUAUCUGCAGCUAGCGUAUCGCCAGUUCUUAGACAUCUUGGACCAGUAGGACAAGAAGAGGUCCAGAGACUACAGUCCCAAUCAACAUUAGAUGAAAGUCUUGAUGUCAUCUGAACAACAUACACAGAUAAAUCUGCAGCAAGCGUAUCACAAGUUCUUAGUCAUCUUGGACCAGUAAGACAAGAAAAGGUCUAGAGACUACAGUCUCGAUCAACAUUAGAUGAAAGUCUCGAUGUCAUCUGAACCAGUCCUAGUCUAAUUGAGGUCCAGAGACUACAGUCCCAAUCAACAUUAGAUGAAAGUCUUGAUGUCAUCUGAACCAGUCCUAGAUGAGGUCCAGAGAUCGACUUUAGUCCCAAUCAACAUUUGAUGAGAGUCUUGAUGUCAUCUGACCAACAGACACAACGACUAUAUCUUGAUGUUAACUUGAAUUAGAACACUACAGUACUACUCCCUAGUCCCCCGGCUAGCGAACCUGCCAUAUAAAUAUAAGAAAAAAGUGGUGAUGAGUGAUGAGAGGUUUCAGAGUGAAUAUGCCACAGGCAGGGCUAAACACUCUUGUGCAGGAUUUACAAGAAGCCAUAACAAAGAAAUAAGAUGCGCUUGUGAUCUUUUUCGGAAUCUGGGGAUAUACACAUAUAUUAUGAUUUGAUUAGAUACAAUCAGUCUUAAUCUGGCUCUGUAUAAGUACUUCUUCAGGAUGUAUAAGAUGCAAUGACUAUUGAUUAUAAAAGUAGAAGUUAUUAUGCAGGAAUAUUUAUGAAAAAUUGAAUUUUAUUUUGUGAAAAUUCAAAACGGAGAAUACAUUCUUGAUCAGGAUCGAAGGUUAAACCUGAAAAUUUAAUGUAAAGUUGGCACUCACUUUGUAAUUGGUGAAUUUCUUUUUGGCAAUGUACAUCUUUAUCUUUUAAGUGACUUCAUUUUGGAAUUUUGAUGGUCCUAGAAUUUGGAAUUUUUUUAAGUGAAGGUAUUAAAAUCAGUCCAUCCCUAAAUUCUUUCAAGAAAAAACUAAAAAUAUUUUUGCUCAAAUCUUAUAGUAACAUACAAUAAUAAUCUGAUAACAGUUGGUAAUCAUCUUUAUUUUUAUUUAUCAUAUGCUCGAUUAAUUUUAAUAUUUAUUUGGUCUUAUGAUCUUACCUUCCCAGAAUUACAAAUAUAAUUACCUCUUCUUUGGUCAUGAUUUGUCCUGCUUCUUCCUUCUUCACCCGUUUUCCCUUUUCCAUCAUCUUUUAUCGGUUUUACUUCUCCUUGUCGUUUCGUGGCUGUUUGUUGUUUUGUAAUAUUGUCUUUCUGUUUUCCAAGUCUUCGUAGGCACAAUUUGAAACAAGGAUAUUUUUUUUUCUGGGGGAUCCACAAACUGCAAGCACUGCUUUUUGGUGGAUCCCCCCGUUUCUUUAGAAAAUCAUAAUUUCUUGUAGUAAUUUUAUUAUGUGCAAAGUGUAUUUGUAUAGUUACCAAGAAAUAAUGAAUUAUGUAUGAAAAAAUGUAAUACCUUUGUUUAUCUUUCUGUUGGAAAUGAAAUAAAUAUGAAUUGAAUUGAACAUGCACAUGGAGCGUAUUAUGCAGCUUACCGGUAUUUAUUUCUAUGUUAUGAGACAUUAAUGUGUUCCACAAGGCUUCAUAGUGGGUUCGUGGGUAUUUGACAUUAAUUUAAAAAAACUGAUAAAAUGUCCUUUGACUUAUAUGGCUUUGGUCAUUGAAAUGUGAUAAUGGAAUUACCUGACGUCUGUGUAGAUCAAAACUUAUUCAUUUAACGAAAACAGUAUUAUAAUCAACAAAAUGAAAAUACAUGCAUUCACAAAAGGAAA